AUGAACUCUACUCGAGCUAGAUCUCAAUUUGUGGAUCUCCUUGGUGAAGACGAGCACUCUUAUGGCAUCAAUCAGAAGGGAAUUGCAAGACAUUGCGGUGUAGAGGUGGCUGUGUGUGAUCCGUUACCGUACAGAGACUGCAUUGUUGGCAUACUAUUUGAUGGCCCUGGGAGAAAAAUCAGCUUCUACCGUAAUGGUGAAUAUCUCUGCACACCUUUCACUGAAAUAGAUGUAUCUGAAACGCUUUAUCCUAUGAUAUCAAGCACUGCCCAGCAAUCGCGAUUUGUUGUUGAAAAUCAAUCUUGUUUAUAUAUAGCACACUCUUUGACGGAAGCUGCCCUUCUAAGGGUCCAUUGUAUGUCCGGCUCAUCUUAUGCUCAUCUACCAUUACCUCGUACACUUGUCCUGCGUCUUGGACAAAUGGAAAGGCGUCGACAUCGUCUUCGUCGUACGCCGACGAAAACGCGCCCAGUCGCU